AUGAGAUAAUAAUCUAGUUCUUUCAUUUAAUUGCUUUGCAAAUGUCUCAAAUUUAGAAAAACUAAAACAUAAAGUUACGAAUAGAUUAAGAAUCCGAUUGAAAUUCCACAAUAAAGUGAAAGAUCUAAAGUACUUUUGUGAUUAGAUUAGGGGAGAAAAACUUUAGUUAUUGAUUUGGAUGAAACUCUGGUUCACAGUUCGUUUGAACCAAUGAAAAUAAAUGAUUUGAUUGUUGAAGUAUGUAUUAAAUUAAGGAGGUUACAAUGAAAGAUUAGAAAUAUAAAAUUUAUGUUAACAUAAGACCAGGGGCUCAAGAAUUUAUAAAAGAAACCUCGAAAUUCUUUGAACUGAUAAUAUUUACUGCUAGCAUCAGUGAAUAUGCAAAUUCUGUCAUUGAUUUUAUAGAUCCUCAUGGUUUAGUUGAUUUAAGAUUGUUUAGAGAAAACUGCACAGUAUACAAUGGUGUCCUUGUAAAGGAUCUUUCUUUAUUAAAAAGAAAUUUAGAUUCAGUCAUCCUAAUUGAUGUAUAUUAAAUGUUAAAGUAACUAUAGAACUCAGUCAAUUCUUUCAUGUUUCAACCUAUGAACGCUAUCCAUAUUUUAAACUAUUUUGAAGAUAAAACAGAUUAGGAAUUAACUCUUUUGAUCCCUUUUUUGAAACUUAUAUCUCAAGUAUCAGAAUUAUCCUAAUACGUAGUUUUAAGAUGUAAGACCAGUGCAUGAAUGGUUAUUUAAGUAUGCUCACUUUGAUAAAUUUGAAUAUGUCGACAUUAUGGGAUCCAAGUAAUAAUUCUAUGACUUGCCCACAAGUUCGGAUACUUAAAGGGAUAAAUUACUAAGUCCAGCUGAUACUCCAAAAUUAGAAGAACAUAAAAUACUUAUCAAGAGUGGUAAUUAAAUAUUGAGGGAUGAAAAAAAUAAGCAAGAUGAGAUAAAUGAUGAGUUAGAAGAUAAAAAAAAUGAUUCAAUAUCAGUCGAUAAAUUUACAGAAACACCUAAUAGAAGUGAAAACAAUAACGAAAAAAUAUCGGUACUUAGAGAGAAUUUAAAUAUUAAUUCCCCUAAUGCAGUGGGUAAAUAAAUAUUGUUCCCGCAAAACUAAUGA